GUUUAUGGAUUGCACGCUUGAUCAUGAAGUCGUGCUGGCAAGGUGAUAUUCAGGUUCAAGUUUCUUGGAGCAAAAGGCGCCUUCGGAACAUCACACCACGAGGGGAACCGGGUGCUGAUGUAAGCCCUUGUGUUAAACCACCGUGACACCCUUCUUCACGCAUAACAUCAAGUUUGACAUUGCUUGACAUACAGAGCUUGUCAUUAACGGAAUACUGGAACAAAGUGUUUGAAAGGUUUGUAUGCCAGGGGACCUGACUAGUCGCUAUCGAAGUCCGUUCCAGUCAAAAAUAUCCAAGAGCCACUCAUCCAUACUUCCUACCAUACGACUUGCACGGCCGUUGUUGACAUCACGUCAGAGCAGAAGACUAAUGUUUUCAAGGUUCACCAGGGCGUUUCUAUUCAUAGUUCUUGCUCUCUUUUUAUUCGCUUCAUUAGCGUUCUUGCAUCCACCCUCUCGCGCCUACAUUGAUCCAUGGACGGGAGACCUGUUCGGCGAUGGUGGUGUGGAACGAGAUCUCUACCGAAUAUCGUCACCUCCGUUGCAGCACAAUCCCCCAGGUAUUCCCAUUAAAGACGCCAUACCGGCAAGUGAUGUGGUGUCAGGGGGUGUUAUUAUGGGCAAACUGGGAAAUGCAACAGCGAAGGUGGAACUAGGACGGGCAACAUGGAAGCUUUUGCAUACCAUGACUCUUCGCUUUCCUGAAAAUCCAACUGAAGAUCAGCGCAAUGCAUUGUCGUCCUAUUUUCACCUCUUCUCGCGAUUAUACCCAUGCGGGGAAUGUGCACAUGAAUUCCAACAGUUGUUGAAGAAGUAUCCUCCACAGACAUCGUCUCGUCGUGCUGCGGCAACCUGGUUAUGUUUUGUUCAUAACGAGGUCAACACAAGACUGCUGAAACCGCUAUUUGACUGCGCCAAUCUGGAUGCAACUUAUGACUGUGGAUGUGGAGACGAUCCUGUCACACCGACUUCUUCAUCGUCUUCUGAUACACAAUCCACUUCCACGCCGGAUACUGGGGUGGGCGUGUCUCAUGAUCCUAUGGACCUCGAGAUCGACCCAACGAAAGACCGAGUUACGGGGGUCGAGAUGAUCAAGGGUGGUAAGUGAAGACAUGUGCCCUAGAGGCUGGAGAUGUACAUUAUUAGAAGGUUGGCCGGUAUUGUUAUUUGUAUCAUACGGGACGGCUCCCACGUAUACCUUGAUUCAGUGCUCGAUUUAAUACUUUGGUCGGCUC